AUGAGCUCAGCUACAGUGGAAAUGUCCGAUUCAGGCCUUCUCGGCCAAGACCGGAAGGCUAUGGAGCUCUUUGAAUUGGCUAUGGAAAAGGAACUGCACGGCCUCAUGUCUGACGCCGUCAGAUAUUACAGAGAAGCAUUCAAGAUCAACGAAAGCAUUGACAGACUCUACAGACAGCAGCAUGUAAAAGAAGAACUGAAAAAGAAGCCGGUAAGGAAAAUUGAUGAGGAGAAGAUGAAGAAAAUCCGAGUUGAUGAGCUCCUCGAAUCUUUUGCUGACGUGGAGGCCACCGCUCCAGACCCCAAUAAUCCAGAACAUUACGACGAAGCACAUAUGGCCAUCAAGUUUGCUGGGAUGGGAUUAGAUGGAGAAGAUGUGAUUGCAGACGUAAAGCCUGUUCUGCCACUCAUGCUACUUCCCAAUGAAGUUUGGACUCAUAUCCUAGAUAUUGCGUUGACUACGGAACCUCAGCUGUGGUUCAGGUUUGGCAUGACAUGCAAGAGAAAUGCAUAUUUAGCAUUUGCCUCCUCCAUUCUCUGGAGACGAUUGUGUUACUUGGUAUAUCCUAACCAGAACUAUGAGGAGAAUGUGGGGGUGACUACUGAUGAGCUUCCAGUGCCCAAAGAUCCGCUAAAGGUACUUCCACACUAUGGAAAUUCCUGGAAACGCAUGGUUUGUGAGCGGCCAUUCAUUAAAUUUUUGGGAUGUUACAUUAGUGUGGUUAACUACUACAGUGAGGGUGCAAGGCCUGAGUUUUCACUGAGCUGGACGAAUCCAGUGAAAACAAACACUUAUUACAGGUAUAUCCGAUUUUAUCCUAAUGGAAAGUGUGUGAUGGCCCUCACUACUCUCGAACCAACCCAGGUGAUCAGUCAAUUGCUGAAAGAAAACACCUUUAAAUGUAUCCUCUCUCAGGCGGAUCUACGGGAUCCUAGUCAUAUCGUGCCAGCCAAAGAGCUGCAUAAAAUUUACCACGGAACUUGGUCUAUUUCCAUUGACUCUAUGGUUAGCAUUCGAGUGGAUCAAGGUUCUGUUCCCUAUUACACGUUCCACUACUUCUUUAAGGUUCUGCUGAUGGGAAUAGGCAAGCAUGCCAAACUCAAAUGGGAUAGAUACUAUGCGUUACGGAAACGAAUGUCAGAAGACGAUGAACGGGAGGGCGAGCAGGUGGACUUUUCAUUGAAGAACGAGAAGCCGUUUAAGUUUCUGAGGGUCCGAUCCUAUGAAUUAGACAACUAA